GGUUUAAACGAAAUAUUUUGACUUUGGAAAUACUUUAAAAUCGUUUUGAAGUUAGUUGAAUUUCCUGCACUUGUGCGUUUGGCGUCGCUUAGCGGUCAUUUGGCGCCACUACAAGAAACAUGGCGGCCCCCGUGAGGAUGCUGUGCUUCUCCGCGUUAAAACACUCAAGUCGGUUGUUGAGCACCACGCGAGGAGUUCAAGCUGGGGAAAAAUGGAGACUAGAGCAUGCGCUUGCACGCAGCGGCACCGAAUACGGACCUCUGACAGACCUGCCCGAUUGGUCUUUUGCAGAUGGCAGACCAGCACCUCCGACGAAAGGCAUGUUGAGAAGACGGAUGGAGAGGGAAAAAUUAGCUAGGCGCAUCGUUCUGCUGGACGCCGAGGUCGACAAGGGCCUCGAGUCGUGGCGGGAAACAGGAGAAGAAGCCCGGAGAAUUGAGGAACACAGAAAAUCUUUGCUGCUGAAACCUAAAGGAAAGUUUAUCAAAAAGAAGCAGCAGCCUGGGAAAUAAUAUUUUCUCAAUAGUUGUUCUUUAAAUGUCUAAUUAUGUGUCGAGUUUUCAUUAAAUAAAUCAUUCAUACUUGUUUUGAACCGUGUUUCUUCUGUAGUUUUCCCCAGUGUCCGCAAGAGGGCAGCAUUGGACAGUAAAGGUGAAUUGAAGGCUCAAAACGCCAUUUUGUGUGAUCUUAAUGUUAAAAAGAAGCUGUUUCAGCAUGUGUGGAGGUGGGUUCCACUGUAUUACCGUAAUUUAAGCACUAUUACCCGCUUAUUUUUUCCCUUAUUUUGAAUUUGGCGUUUUAUAGUUCAGUGGAGCUUAUUGAUUAAUUUGGGUUAAUAGGUAACACUUUAUUUGACGGCGUCAUAAAACUUCCAUA